AUGGAGCCGGAGCAUCAGACCAGGGACUGGGAGAGGGACUAUAAGACCAGGGACUGGGAGAGGGACUAUGAGACCAGGGACUGGGAGAGGAAGUAUGAGACCAGGGACUGGGAGAAGGACUAUAAGACCAGGGACUGGGAGAGGGACUAUGAGACCAGGGACUGGGAGAGGAAGUAUGAGACCCGGGACUGGGAGAAGGACUAUAAGACCAGGGACUGGGAGAAGGACUAUGAGACCAGGGAAUCCAUACCAUGGAUAACUAAGGAGGGGUUCGCUGCCUUCAACGACCAAGCACCCGAAAAAGUGUUUUACAGGUUCCCAUUAUGUUUAGUGAAUGGAGUACCGCUAAUGAAACCUAUCGCGGACCAAUGGGAAAAGGUGGAAACUUUUCAAGCAAGACCAGACGAUCUCCUCAUAGCGACUUAUCCCAAGGCAGGCACUACAUGGAUGCAAGAGAUUGUGGACUCCAUAAUGAACGAUGGGGAGCUAGAGAAGAACAAGCGUGCGCCCACCCAUGUACGUUCUCCAUUUCUAGAGAUUAUCCCACCGCCUCCCUUCCCUUCUGGAAUUGAUAUUUUAAAUAAAACUCCGUCUCCCCGACUAGUUAAAACCCAUUUGCCGUAUGAGCUGAUGCCAAAGUCUUUUUGGGAGCAAAAGUGUAAGACCAUUUACGUUGCUCGAAACUUCAAGGACAGCGCGGUGUCGUAUUACUUCUUCGAUCUGAUGAACAAGGCUCAGCCCGAUCCCGGGACUUGGGAUCAGUACGUGGAAAAGUUCCUGAAGGGUGAAAUCGGCUGGGGAAACUGGUUUGAUCAUGUGAUCGGCUGGUGGAAUGCCAAAGACAAGCAAGAAAUCCUCUAUGUGUUUUAUGAAGAUAUUAAGGAGAACCCAAAACAAGAGAUACGUAAGGUGAUGAAGUUCCUGGGGAAGAACCUCUCAGAAGAAGUGUUGGAUAACAUCUGCCACCACACCUCGUUCAAAGCCAUGAAGGAGAACCCAAUGACAAACUAUUCCACCGUUCCAAAUUUUGUGUUUGACCAGACCGUCUCACCAUUCAUGAGGAAAGGUGAAGUCGCAGACUGGAAAAAUCACUUCACAGAAUCCCAGAGUAAAAUGUUUGACGAGGAAUACGAAGAGAGAAUGAAAGGAACCGACCUGAAAUUCCGUACCAACAUCUGAAGAGGAAUUUUUGGAGUCUGGAGAUGAUACAGAAAA